CAAGACCCAGAGAACGUGGCUCGUGGACACAAGGCUACCCUGGCCAACCCGAAGGUGUCCGACGAAGCGAAACAGCAUUCGCGCUCUGUUCUUGAUAACCAGCUUCAAGAAGAUGAGGCGACAGAGACUGCGAGGUCCAAGGGAACCGAGACUAAGCAAAAGGACCCCAGCAAUGUCGCUCGUGGUUUGAAGGCUACCCUUACAAAUGAGAGCGUGUCGGAGGAAGCAAAGGAAAACGCUAAGCAGAAGCUUCGGGAGCUGCAGUAA